UCGGGCAGGGAGGGGCAGGCGCCCGGCUCGCUGCGCACUCGAGGCACCCACCAUGGCCUCCCGCAGCGCGGGCACCCUACUGACCGAGUUCAAUGCCACCUACGUGCCCCUCGGCCUCAUGCCCGGGUACCAAGGCCAUGUUCCCGGCGUGGCCUUCUCCUUUGGCUCCCCCUACGGCACCGCCACCCUCAAGUAUUUCCAGGACCACCGCGACGCAGCCCUGGAGAAGAGCCGUACUGUCUUCAGCAAAGGCGGCCACUUCCCCACCCUCUUCUCCUCAGACCCCAACCUCGUGCUGAGUAAGCGCUCCCACACCCGGGACCGCUGGCUGCACACCCCCAGCUACACCCGCUUCAACCUGGACAGUGGCCGCUCCGCCCAGCUCACCGGCUUCUACCAGAUGGCGCAGCAGCAUAGGAAGUACUAUCUAGACAAGACGGGCAUGGUGCCCCAGGUGCCCUACUUCGAGCUGCCUGUGAAGGAGUGGGAACGAUACCCCCUCCCCACCGACCUUCCUCCUCUGAGCCCAGAGAAGAAGUGGCACCUUUUAAGAGUAUCUCCCGAGAACUUGAAGACCUACCAGAGGUUCCCCUCGGGGAAGAGGGUCACCCCCCACGAGCGGCAGAGGAGAGACUGCUACUUUGAGUUCAGAGCGUGAUGCUGGAGAGCCUGGCCCUGACCAGGUCGGCCUUUCGGAAUAAAAUCUUGAGCCACGUCCAAA